AUGGAUAUUAGAUUAAGACAACAAUCAGCCAUGACAUAUUUAGAAUACUUAAACUAUUAUAAUAAGGAGCCAGAUUCUCCUCGAAUUUAGUAAUAAUAUUUUUAAAAAGGAAUAGUCCGAAGGAAAGUCCAGUAGAGCCUUUAUCAGAUUUAGAAUUGAGUCCUAUUUAGGAGAAAGAGAGAGAAAAGUUAGUUGUAUCAAGUUGUAAGGUUAUCAAAAUAUAUUCUAAAGUUUGA